UCUGCUCAGGUUUACACCUCCAACGCCCAGAGCGGACACUCCGCCACUCAUUGCAUUCGCACACAAUCCCUGCACUUCUCAGAUGGACGGUGUCCAUCUUCACCGGUCGUCGCUUAUUGAUGUGCCAAGUAGGAAAGCCAGUCUUGUCGUAGUUUCGUUUUGGUAUUUUGUUGUUGUUGUUCAAGCAAUGUAGGAAUGAUGGGCGACGGCCCUAAAGUGGAGAUCCGCAGGAAGCGUCAGGAGCUUUCUGUUGUCGCCACAUUGUUGCUGAACAUGUUUCUUAAGAAAAGUCGUGCCGGAAAUGAUCUGCCGCAUUAGAUAAAGGAGAGUUGUCCUGUUGGGGUCACAUUGCAACGUAGAGAAAUUUGUGGUGUCGUCGGGAAGGAGUGGAGUCGUAGCUGUUAGAAAGGUUCGACAGGGUGGACUUGUCGCAUUUGUGCAGCCAGGUGGCGGAUUGUGGUGAGUGCGAUCGUAGUGUUCGUCAUGUGGCGAGUGGCUUGUCCGCAUUGCACGAAUCGUAGACUGCGAAGAAGGUGAGACAGGAGAAAAGCAGCGAGAAUUAAGUCUAGCUCAGGACUUUUGGGUGAGUGAGACAUCGACCAUCGCUGCCGUCAUUACCGAUACAUCAAAUGCGGGUCCUGGGUAGCUCGUGACAGCGUUCAUGGUGCCAGCUUCCACCAGCACGAGUGGUAGCUCCAAAAGCAUCCAGCACAUUUGAUGUGCAAUUCAUAGAGUCCUGUAGUGCUCGUUUAGGGGCUGCAAGGAAGCGGCUGGCGAAAUUCGUCAUGCGUGGUUCACCGUAGUCUGCCGCUGCGUGAGGCUGUCCGGGGCCCGACAUUGCGCGAGUUGAGGAUGACAGGUGGACUGGAUAGUGCAAGACUGUUGCGCCCGCGUCCUCCUGGUUCUGGCUCGGGGACGGCCUCGGAUGAGGCGAGGCGAACGAGAGCAGCAGCCAAACGCUCGGCCACGGAAGACAGCUGCUCGAGACCUGGGAGUAGUGUCGGCAACUGUAAGAAACCCGUCGGUGCGCAGCCGGUUAGGAAGCGUGCCGCUCUUUCGGACAUCUCGAACCAGUCGAAUGUUGGUGGAAGUGGGAGGCCCAUCGGUGGGGCGGGUGACGGAAAGGGCGUGGAUUUGGAAGCUGCGCAGAGCGGGCAAGGAAAUGAGAAUGUGUGUCCCGGAAAGGUGCCCCAGGUGUCCAGUAAGGGAAAGGAACAGGAGGUGGUGUUGGUGUGUGGGACUGAUGGUGCUCCGAGGGGCGAGUCGGAAGCGAUAGCGUCUUUGGAGAGGCGAACUUUGCAGAACCUGCGCUUAUCCCAAGAGGCGAAGGAUCGGACGAAGCAAGGGGACCUGUUCGGCGGGAAGAGACGCACGGAAUCGCGAGAGCGGUCGAGCGGGGGAUCGAGGUAUGAGGACAUCGACAACGAUCACUCGGACCCUCAGAUGUGUACGACGUACGCGACGGACAUUUACGCCCACCUGCGAAUGGCGGAGAUGAAAAGGCGGCCAUCGGCGAACUUCAUGGAGUCGAUGCAACAGGACAUCAACCCGAGCAUGCGAGGAAUUCUGGUGGAUUGGCUGGUUGAGGUUGCGGAGGAAUACAAGCUUGUGCCCGACACUUUGUACCUGACGGUGUCGUGCAUCGAUCGAUACCUUUCUGCACAUGUGGUGACCCGACAACGGCUUCAGCUGCUGGGUGUGGCUUGCAUGCUGAUCGCUGCAAAGUACGAGGAGAUAUGCGCCCCCCAAGUAGAGGAGUUCUGCUACAUCACGGACAACACGUACGGGCGCGAAGAGGUGUUGGAGAUGGAGAGGGGAGUUCUCCGGGUGUUGAAGUUCGAGCUCACGACUCCGACGAUCAAGAGCUUCCUGAGACGGUUCAUCAGAGCGGCCCAAGCAGGUUGCGAAGCUCCGGCGCUGGUGCUGGAGUUUCUGGGGAACUAUCUGGCGGAGCUGACGCUUGUGGAGUACGGGUUCUUGCCAUUCCUGCCGUCUAUGAUAGCCGCGUCUUGCGCGUAUUUGGCGAGAGUGACGCUGGACUCGUCGAGACGUCCGUGGGACGCCACAUUGCAGCACUACACGGGGUACAGGCCAUCAGAACUGGAGCAGUGUGUGAGGGCCAUGCACGAGUUGCAGUGCAAUACGAGGGGGUGCACACUUCCUGCGGUUCGAGAGAAGUACAGGCACCACAAGUUCAAGUGCGUGGCAGCCCUGGUUCCACCAGCCUUGCUUCCAGAGGAGUACUUCCGGGAGCUGGAAUGAGAAGCGGGGACGAGUAGGGUGGCGGUGGAGGUGCGGCGAAGAAUAAGAGCAUAGAUCCACCAAGGGGGAACGGUAAGACUAGGAUUGUGCAUAUGCGUGGAUGUUGUGAGAGCGCCGAAGAUGGCGGCAUUGUUCACGAGCGCGAUCGGGUUGUGGAGCGUGCGCCCUGGAAAGAAGCACGUCGCAAGCUCCAGGGUCGGAGGGUGGGGCAGCGGGGUGAAAGAAAGGGAAGCGGUUGGAGGGCGGGUCGUGGUGAGUGACGAUGGAAGUUGUGGGCAUCGGAGGGGAGCGGUUGUAGAUGUCACGCCCGCGGCACAUGGGAGCCUGAGGUGUGGCAUGCAGCCAUGCAGGCCAGUCAACGGCGGACGAGAGGACGCAGCGUUGGCUUGUGCAUUUGGCUGGUAGUGGUGCUCCAGUUGGGAGGUUGGUGGCAGGCAGCAGAAUGUAGCACCACAGCGGGGCAAAAGGCCAGAGUGUAAUAAUAUGUAAACUCCAGGGAGAGCAUUUGAGAAACAUUUUUUUUUAUAAAAUUGAUAGUGAAAAGCAGGAAUAGAUUUUGAAA